GGUCCGCCAGCUGGGCCUUCUACCACGAGCACGCACCUCACUUGAGGCACCACAGGGAUCACAUGAGGCAGUUCUCUUGUGGCCACCUUUACUACAGGACAUUCUACCUUGAUGAGAAGAGACAUUCGCUUUUUGUUGGAGCUAUGGAUCGUAUUUUCAAGCUGAGCCUGAGGAACAUCAGCCAGUCGCACUGUGAGAAGGAUUCGUUGAAUUCUGAGCCUAGCCAUGUGGCCAACUGUGUCUCCAAAGGAAAAUCAGAGCACUUCGACUGUCGAAACCACAUACGGGUCAUCCAGCCAAUGGGUGACGGCACGCGGCUCUAUGUGUGUGGGACCAACGCGCACUUCCCCAAGGACUGGGUCAUAUACGCGAACCUGACGCACCUGUCGCGGCGCGACCACGUGCCCGGCGUGGGCACGGGCGUGGCCAAGUGCCCGUACGACCCGGCGGACAACUCGACGGCGGUGUGGGUGGAGCGCGGCAACCCGGGCGGCCUGCCGGGCCUCUACAGCGGCACCAACGCCGAGUUCACCAAGGCCGACACCGUCAUCUUCCGCACCGACCUGCACAACCUCACCACCGGCCGCCGCGAGUUCUCCUUCAAGAGGACCCUCAAGUACGACUCCAAGUGGCUCGACAAGCCGAACUUCGUGGGUUCCUUCGACGUGGGCGAGCACGUGCUGUUCUUCUUCCGAGAGCCGGCCAUGGAGUACAUCAACUGCGGGAAGCGAGUGUACUCGCGCGUGGCGCGCGUCUGCAAGCGCGACACCGGCGGCAAGAACAUCCUCUCGCAGAACUGGGCCACCUUCCUCAAGGCGCGCCUCAACUGCUCCCUGCCCGGCGAGUUCCCCUUCUACUUCGACGAGAUACAGGACGUGUACAGGAUCCCCGGCGAGGGGUCGCGCUUCUACGCGACUUUCACGACGGCGAGCACCGGCCUGGUUGGCUCUGCAGUCUGCGCCUACACUCUCCGUGACGUUCAGCAGGCGUUCCGGGGCCGCUUCAAGGAGCAGGCCACCAGCAGCUCCGCGUGGCUGCCCUUCCCCUCCGGCAAGGUGCCGGAGCCGCGGCCCGGCGAGUGCGUCAACGACACCCAGACCCUGCCUGACGUGGUGCUCAACUUCAUCCGCUCGCACCCGCUGAUGGACGAGUCGGUGGCCCACGAGGGCGGCCGGCCCGUCUUCUACCGCGGCGACGUCGUCUUCACCAAGCUGGCCGUGCACCGGCUCAAGGUCGACCUCGUGGGCACCCACAAGGACUUCACCGUCUACUACAUUGGAUCCAACACUGGUCAAGUGCACAAAGUGGUUCAGUGGACCGACAGAGAUGGGCGCCCAAUGUCGAGAGAACUUGACGUCUUCGAUGUCACUCCAUCGGAGCCAAUCCGUGCCAUGGAGAUCUCCAGGCAGUACGGCUCGCUGUACGUCGCUUCUGACGGCGGGGUGCGGCAGCUGGCGCUGGAGGCGUGCGCGCGCCGCUACGACAGCUGCCUGCGCUGCGCCAGGGACCCCUACUGUGGCUGGGACCGCGCCGACCGCCGCUGCAGGGCCUACUCGCCGGGGUGA